UGCAAUUCAGACGGAGAGACGGAGAAGGAAGUGUAGGAGACGAACCAUCUCGCUGCAAAUCGUUCGUGGGUUUCAACUUGUUGACAUAUCGUUAACAUUUUCUUCGCCCAGAGCAGUUAAGCAGCGGGUCGUGAACUUUUUUGACGAAAGGCUUUCACCAUCAAAGCCUGAGGAAGUCGUUUGCCGACUUCUGAGAGCACCGUGCGCCGAGGUGAAUUGAUGUUCAGCUCGGUAACACGACAGUACACCGCUCAUUGGCACAUGAAAACGUCAGAUCUUGCUGGACAUAAAUGUGCAGCGAGAAGUAGAUUUAGUACUACUUCGAGGACCUGGAGCCCGGUUGGUGAAGAGAAGUUAAGAAGCGAAAUUAUCCACGUACUCAAUUUUUUGACAACAAAGAGGUGACAGAGUGUGAAAAUGGGAGGUGGCGAGAGAUACAACAUUCCAGUUUCCCACCCGGAGCGCCCUGUGCCUAAGAAGAACCACCAGCUCGGCCGGGGCAAGCAGAGGAGCCGUGAUCAGAAUGGUGUGCCUAUGGUUACACCUACCGGCUCUCCAGGUGGGCCCCACCACCAUGGCCACCGCAGGGUGGAGAAGGGCACUGGCUAUCCCUGGUCUCCCGAAACGCGGCAGGCCGCGUCGGCAGAGAAGAAGAAGAAUGCCACUGUCCGAUUUGCCACCACCCACAACCAGAACUUGGAGGGCGCCAUGUCCCACCUGAACUCUUUGCUGGCGUUUCAGUGCAACCAGAACUACGCCGGGCCCAAGUUCAGUGAGCCGCCCUCCCCCAGUGUUCUGCCCAAGCCCCCUAGCCACUGGAUGUCCCUUCCCAUGGGCUCCUGUGACGGGCGUGAGAUGAUGGCCUUCCAGCUGAAGAGCCUCCUCAAGGUUCAGGCCUAGGCGGACCUCUAAACCCCCACUCAGAUACCAAUCUUGGGGUUCCUUUUGGCUCCCGUAUCUCUCUUGCAACACAGCAGCACUGUAAUGCAUUUUUAGACUUAUUUUUAGACCGAAGGUAUUGCAGGAUGAGUGGCAGUUCUACAGAUUUGCCUCUGUGAGCUGUCACUUGCCCUUUUAAUUUUUUUUUUAAGCUAGCCCAAACUGAGGUAUUAUAGCGUUGCAGUCUUACAAGAGAGGGCUCGGAAUACCUAAAUGGGACCUGUUUUUGUGAUGAACGAUGAACUGGAUAUCCUUCUUUGUUUGCUCUAUUUUUUGUUUUGUUCUUUUUACGUUGGCCGUUAGAUGUUUUCAUUCUCAAUCAUUUCCCCCCAUCCUUCCUGUUUGGGAAGCCUAGUGCACAAACGAUCACUCCUUAGUCUAUAUCCAUGGAAGUCCACUUCCCUUCCCAUGCCCCCUCC